AUGACCCCUACGCCACCCGACUGGAACGACCCGAUUAGUCGGGUACGUGCUGUAAAUCGUAUUAUGGUUGAUUUGAUUGCGCCUCGUUCGAACCGUAACGAGAUCUCCAUCGCAGGAUUGUCGACGACAGAGAUGGUGGAGCGGUUUGUAAACGACGAUUUCCAUACAAUUAUGGACUACAACGAUGAUCGGCAUGGAUGA